UGUGUUGGCACGAUCACAUGAUCUCGCGCUAUUAGCUCUUUGCUAGCAGCUAUCGGUUUUAGCGUUGCCCCGCUUAGCUAAACCAGGAAACGGUGACUUUAUCGAGCUGCCAAACGAAUACAGUCAUAUCAUUGUAGAUAUUCUGUGUCUUAUUUUUCUGUUGAAUCAGUGGCUGUGUCAGACUCUAAGGUUAAAAAUUGUCUCACGGCUGCCAACAACAACAACAAUAAACAAAUGAGCAUGUGACCUAGGACUGGGCCAUACAGCACAUGAUCUGGACAACUGGAUGUGAUCAAAGCGAUCUGGGGUAAAACAUUUCAAAGUGGUUGAUUCUGUAAUCAUGGCAGCAAAGAAGUCUACACUGAAAGUCAUCCUACUUGGUGAUGGUGGGGUUGGAAAGAGCUCCUUGAUGAAUCGUUACGUCACCAAUAAAUUCGAUGCCCACCUUUUCCACACCAUCGGCGUCGAGUUCCUAAACAAGGAGCUCACCGUCGACGGGUGCAACGUUACCCUCCAGAUCUGGGACACUGCUGGACAGGAGCGCUUCCGCAGCCUGAGGACUCCUUUCUAUCGUGGCUCCGAUUGCUGCCUGCUCACCUUCAGCGUGGACGACAACCAGAGUUUUCUCAACCUGAGCAACUGGAAGAAAGAGUUUAUCUACUAUGCUGAUAUCAAGGAGCCGGAGAAGUUCCCGUUUGUGGUCUUGGGCAACAAGGUGGAUGUGACGGAGAGGCAGGUGUCUGCAGAGGACGCUCGGCAGUGGUGCCAGGAAAAUGGGGAGUACCCGUAUUAUGAGACCAGUGCUAAAGAUUCCACCAAUGUAGCGGUGGCCUUUGAGGAAGCAGUGCAUAGAGUGUUAGCGAUGGAUGACAAAACGGACUACCUCAUCCCCACGGACACUGUCAAGCUCCACAGAAAGCCCCGCUCUGGCACUUGUUGUUAACAUCCAGGAGCUGCCACCAAUCAACCCGUCAUGCCUGUUAGGUGAUGAGGCUGUAGGCGUAUGACACUGAAGUAACAAACUAUGCUACUAGCUUUUUGAUUUCUUGUAGAUUUGGUGAUUCUCAUUGUUGGGACUAUAACCUAGAACACUAAAAUAAUCUAAUUACAAAUAAACAAUGUGACUCUGAUUCAGGUUUCCCACGUUUUACAAUUCUGACAGAACAAAUGGAAACUACUAGUGUCAAAGAUUAUCCCUGAAUAUUAAAAUACUCUAUGUCCCUAUCAAGUGUUCACGCUUUCACGAAGAUAAAAUGUUUACAUUUUGUGCACCGAAAUGUAAACCUUGCCGAGUGCCAGUAACCAAGCAUCUAACCCUCCAUACCACGAUGCAUUUAUAAAUGAAUAUAUUUAAAAUUUUAUCAGCAGGUACAAUGAAAAUUAAUGAGGUGACUUACUGUACUUUAGCUCAGGUUUUCCUUUGAAUAAUCUAGUAGAACUUUUUUAUCACCUUGAAGUUUUGCUUGUGUACAGUUUGCAUCAUGAAUACAUCAAAGCUGUUAGAAACAGACUUGCCUUCCCCACUGGAAAUGACAUUCACAUGCAUGGCGAUUAUAAUUUGUUUUUAUUAAUUAAGUGGGUUUUACCUUAGAAACUAAAACACUAUGGCAUUUUUUUUCUUCAUGAAAGUAAUGAAGUACCAUCAUUGUCUUUUCCUCAAUGGUGCAUCUGUUUUGAACAACCUUUAAUGCAACUUUCUAACAUUGUCCUAUAUGUACACUGAAGGUCUUCAGCUACUAUCUUAUCUGAAAGUGAAGCAGGCAUUGUCUUCCAAUGUUUCACGUUAAAAUUAUUAUAACCUUGUAAAACUGAUAUGCUAAAUAAACACCCAUAGAACUGUC